CUUGUCAUUCUGCUUUUACUACAACGAGAAGAAAAUGAAGAGUAGUACGAAUAAACGCCACUUUUUCUGAGCGAAGUCGACUCAACAUGACCGAAACCUGCGUGAAAAUGAAGCGACAGCCCCUAGACUCGGAACUGUCAGCGACAAACUUACGAACAUCGCGUGAUUUUGAGCUUUUUGACGAAGAAUACCAGAAUACGUGAGGAUCUUUUCUGGUUCUGCCGCCGACACAAAGCGCUCAUCAACGUAGAAGGCGAGAAGAUGGCGGCGGAGGCUCGGGUGGGUUCUGAUAAAGCGGUGGAAAUGUUCGGAGGAGCUAUGGAGAGGUUCGGCGGGGCUAUGGAGCGUUUUAGUGGAGCGGGGAUGGCUCUUCUCCCCUGGACCAGACACAUGCUGGUUGUUCUGUGGGAUCAGCUUCGGCUCUUGGUUCAUGUCAUCUACUACACCUUUAUAUCAGUUUUCCAGAUGUUCCGGUUCGAAGUGCAUGUGCGCAUCACCGACGACCCCUCGGUGGCCCCUGACCCUUCUGAUCCCUUCCUUUUCUCGACCCUAUUCUCUGAGGACGCAGCAGCUGACCACACAGAGGCGCUCCUGUCCACUCUUAGAGGAGACGAUCUGUGCUGUGAAGGAGAGGCGGGAAUCUUCAUAGGACACAAACACCCCUCUUCCACCUCUUCUUCGUGGGCCGUGGGUGACUGGAAUAUCUUUGUGAGUUCGGACGCGCGCUGUUCAGACGAGGAUCGCAGCGGUGCCUCCUGUUGGAGCAGUGAAGAAGAGCACAGCCUGGAGUUCGACUGUGAAGAGAGCAAAGCAUUGUGGGAGUCGCUGUCCCGCUCUAACGACCCCUACGACCCCCUCUGCUUCUCCGCCUGCAUCUCCACACGAAGCAGCAAAGGACUGUGGGAGAAGCGGUCCCCUGCCUCCUGCAGUCCUGUGUCUGAGCACAUGCAUGUCCAUAACAAAAUGGGACAAAGUCAAAUGACACAAGAGACUGAAGAGACCCAAAGCAAAGAGAUGGAGUCCACUGUUGCAGAUGUUUGUAGUCUUGUUUUAGAGGGAAACCAAAGUGAAGAGGAGAACAAAGCAUCCUGGGAAACAGAGUCCAAGUGUAGUGAUGUUUGUAGUUCAGUCUGUGUCUCCCCUGACGCCAAGAGAGAAGAGAGCAAAGGAUUCUGCGAGACUGAAUGCAUCUGUCCUGACACAUGUAGUCCACAGAAUCACAGGAACGCUUUAGAUUUGAACGAGGAAACCAGUGAAGACGAGAGUGAAGGGUCAUGGGAAAUUGAGUCCACAGAUCUCCAAUCAGUGGAGGAGGAGGAGAAGAACAAAGGACUGUGGGAGACGCAGUCUGGCCGGUGCACAGGAGUCCCAGUGGGCAGGUUUUGGGAGAGCAGUUCGGAGGAGGAGAGUGAUGCAGAGGAUUUCCCGGUGCAGAGAAGGACUUUAGUGACACGUUCGGACAGUGACAGCAGCUGGAGCUCGGAAAACUCUGAUUGGUCCCAAACGUCAGAACAACAAGAGGAAAACCAACUUCUCUGGGACCUGUUCUCCCAAAACCUUGACCCCUUCAACCCCCUUUGCUUCAAUGCCACCAACAGGAGCAGAGAGGAGGAGAAGAGGAGAGAGGAGGAGAGUGAUGCAGAGGAAGAGGAGGACCUAUGGAGCGAUUUAACAAAACAGCAAGACCCAUAUCACCCGCUCAACUUCACUGUGCUGCAGGGGAGGGAGAGGGAGUUGAGAGAGGAGGAGACGCAGAAGAGGGAGGGGAGAGAUGGGGAGCCCAUCAGGAGGAGGAGGAAAGGAGAGAAGCCUGAGCUGAAGCAGAGGAAGAUCCAAAGACACUCCCAUCCUCCGGUCAUCCUCUGCCCCUGGACCAAAGCCUCCUCUGCACCUUCGUCUGCACCGGCCCCUGAGGGACCCCCACUCAAGCACAAGAAGGUGCGGUUCUCAGAUGAGGUCAAAGUUCACGUGAUGAGGUCAUGGCGCUUUGCUCACGAGGCAGCAAGGAGGGGUCAAUGGGAGGAGUUCGCGAGAGACCGCGACCGAUUCAGGAGAAGGAUCCAAGAGGUGGAACGGACAGUUGGACCUAUUCUAAGACCAGAGCACAGGGAGAGGGUCUGGACCAGGAUCAGACCGGGACUGAACCAGGACUGAACCAGGACUAAACAGGAUUAAACUAGGACUAAACCAGGACUUAACCAGGACUUGUGGACUUUUGGACCUGUUGCACUGAUGUGAUACUGACCUCAGAUCUGCCUUAGACUCCUGAACCACGUUGUCUCAUUCUUCAGAAAAACAUCUUUAUUUAUUUUAUAAUAAUUAUUACAUUGUAGUAAUUUUAUUUCUAAUUGAUCAUUAUGGUGUAAUGAGCCAAUAUCCCCUUUUCCUAGAUUAAAUCAUUUCCUGGUGCAGUUUUUUCUGGAGAAUGAGUCAUUUUUUUAAGAAAAAGUUGAAUGUUUUUAGUGAUUUUGUGCAAUAUUUGUACUUUUUUGUAUAUUUGUAGUGGACAGUGAAUAAUAAUAUAAUUUAUUUUAUUUAGUCGUGAUGUUUGCACAGAACUCUUGCCUUUUUUUGAAUGUUCAAAAACACUUGAAGCUGUAGAAGAACCAGGCUUUAUUAAAAUAUGGCUCUGAA